UAUCAAAAACCUUUAAUAAAUUGUAUAAAAUAAUGAUGGGGAACUUAUCUGAAAUUUGGAAAAACAAAUGUUAUAAUGAGAUUGACAAAAAUUUUAUGAUUGAAUUUGUGUAUCCAUAUGAAAUCAAAUACAUGGAGCAAGAAUCCUCUUCUAUUCAAACAUAUAACCUCUAUUGGCAAACUCUUUAUGCUUCGUGGUACUCUCAGCGAAAGUUACUAUCAUGGAAAUACAAAACACUGCAACCUAUUAUUAAAAACCAAUCUAUUCCAUCCAUUGAUCCUCCUCUAGAUGAUCGAAUUAGGCUAAUUAAACAAAUAGAUCAUGUCACGAGAGCGCUAGUCAAUCACAACUAUUUAAUAUCGGGGCACGAAUCUGGAGCAAUAUGCCAGUGGGAAAUCACGACUAAUCGUACGCCAUUUGAGCCCGAAAUAACUAAGUGUCAUGAUGAUCCUAGUCAUGUGACUAAGACGAAAUGUACCGCCAUUUUGGUGAAGCAUCAAAGCGGAGCUAUUAGAGAUAUGAUUAUUCUGAACCCUUUUAUUUUCGAUCAUCACGCUCAUGCACCUGAACCUUUAAUCUUGGUUUCUAUAGCCCAGGAUAACAUUAUAAAAGUUUGUUCCACCGUUGAUUUGGAACGAGUCGAUUCCAUUCAGGCUUUCACUUUAACCCAUCCAUUUGGUUCGGUCGAGGGUCAGGCCCCUUUCAUGACUACUCUAUGUUUGCUUGGACCCUGUCAAGCACCUCCUUUCCUCCCCCUUUACUAUUUUUGCGUUGGUUUUAGGAACGGUUUUUUAAGCAUUUGGGAACAACCUCAAUUCCGCCCGAAAUCUCGAUCUCCCCUUAGCAACAAUACUUCUUUGAACUCUUUAAUAGGGCCAACUGAACUUGCUCCUGCUAGGAUGGAGCGGUUUCUUAGAGCACAUGGCAGCGAGAUAGUUCAUACGGCUUACUGGAACGGUACCCUGGCUACGGCCUCCGUCUCGCUAGAACUUAAACUCUGGUCUCUUACUUUUGGUGAGGACCUUUACACCUCCAGUAGCAAUUAUGCCUUGACAGGAUUCGAGUGUUAUCAUUCCUUAACCAUGGGCUUUCAUUCCUAUCAACAAUCGUUACCAUUUGGUGCUUGCUACUAUGCCGCCCCUUGGAAUUUUGCCUUUAAAUCCAACUCUGUGCUGGCCGCCAACCUUAAAUUACUCGUUUCCGUUAGCGUUAUCGCAGCUCCUAAGUCUACCCAAACAAUGCAAACUCAAUAUAAUCAAGCUACUCAAAUCAGCCAAAUGAGUUUGCAAGAUCAAAACGAAACGGGAAUAGCUUACAGGCAAUUCAGAGCCGCUUCCAAGCUCCCUUACAACGUGCAAAACGACACUAUCGUUACUCUAACCCUCAAGGGUAGUCUUCUUUGUUUGGCCACUUCGGGCGGCUGGGUCCUGCUUUAUUACCUGGAAGAUACCGAACGAAAUCUCAGGGAGUGGGAUAUCAAAGAACCCUGUUUCGCGAAAAAGCUAAAUUUUAGGGAAGAAUUCAAGUCGAUUCCGCUCGAAACUAUGGAGAAGCACGGAGCCAUAUACAUUACCGGAAUGGAUAUCUCACUUUUCGACUCUAAUUAUGUGUUGUUGUCACUGACCACCCCUCUCGGUGUUAUUAUUUACAAAUUUUCUUGUAAGAGUUAAUGUUAAAUGUCUAAUUUUGACUGGCGUUUUCUGAUUUAGGAUAAUUGACGAACGUAUGUAGUUGAAUUAUUGAU